UUUAUAAAACGCGUGGCUGGGUCAAUGGGGGCAUCAUUGAUCGGUUGGACAUCGAGGGCUCAAGCACGACCACUGUGAAGAUGAAUUUCUUUGGCGCCUUCAUUGCGCUCGCCAUCUGUGCACUAUACGGAUUAACCCAAGCGGAUAUAUCGCUCAAGUUGCGACAGCAACAGCAGCAACUGCAGCAGCAGCAACAACAGCCGCUGAUCACCAAGGAGCAUUAUUACAAGACGGGCGGUGGCUUCCAGGAGAGCAACUACGGCAAUUCCGGCUAUCAGAUCUUUGAGGUGCACAACCAUUUCGCCGCCAAGGGACCCGCCUAUCUGCCGCCUCAGGGUCAGGCUGCAAGUGGUCAUGCCAACGAUGAUAGCUUGGACUUGAGCUUCCUCAACUUCCCCGAUGCGCCAGCUACAGCGCCAGUUGCCACUUCGGCUGCAGCUGCUCCUGCAGCAGCUCCUGCGUCGAUUCCCGUGCCCUUCCCUUCGAGCUACCAGCAUGAUUUCCAGCACAAGGCUCCGGCUGCAUCCUCGGUGGGUUACAGUGGUCAGGCCUAUCUGCCACCCACGGCUGCCGCACCCAUUGUCCAGCAGCAGCAGCAGCAACAAGUGAUUCAGCAGCAGGAGUAUGUGCAGCAGCAGCAACAGCAAGUGGUGCAGCAGCAAGUGGUUCCACAGCAGCAACAGCAAGUGGUGCAGCAGCAACAGGUGCAACAGCAGUACAGCCAACAGAACUACGAGGCACCAGCAUAUCUGCCACCCACCACCAGCGAGGCAGUUGCUCAGCCAGUGUCUAACUACCAGCUGCCAACUACCAUCAGCUACCAGCAGCAACAGAAGGUCUUCCAAGGACCAACAUAUCUGCCACCACAGCAGGAACAGCAGCAGCAGGUGCAGCAAGUUCAAGAGGUGCAACAGCAACAGCAGCAGCAGCAAGUGCAGCAGAUUCAAUCCGUUCAGCAGCAGCAACAGCAGCAGAUUUCAGUGCAGGAACAGGGUCAGGAAUACCGUGCUCCUGGCUAUCUGCCACCUGGCUACGAGUUCUCCAAUCCCGAUCAGUUGCCCGUGUCGCUCAGCCAGAGUGUCGCCACCUCGCAGAGUGUGUCGUCCGUUCAGAAUGUUGCCACCGCACAGAGUGUUGCAUCCGUGCAGCAGACUGUCGGCGAGUAUCGUGCUCCUGGCUAUCUGCCACCUGGCUACGAUGAACCACGUCCUCAGGCACCAACUCAGAUCACGUACCAGCAGCCACAGCAACAGUUGCAGCAGCAACCUCAGCAGCAGCAACAGGUGUAUGCUGCUCCUACACAGGCAACCAUUAGCAAUCCUGGUGCCCUUCCCGAUGGCUAUGAUUUCGUUAAGCCCGAAAAUGCCGAGGCCGCCAUUGCCGAGCUGCACAGCCUGCAGACUCAAACCAAACUGCUGAAGCAACAGCAGGAGCAGCAGCAGUUGCUGUUGCAACAGCAGCAGCAGCAGCAGCAGCAACAGCAACAGCAACAACAGAUCGUCGUGCAGUCUCAGUUGCAGGUUGCCCAGCAACAGCAAAACGCAGACAUCGUCUAUGGUCGCCCCAAGUCGCAGCAGCAACAAGCUUUGGCUCCUCAAAGCACACGUGCAACAUCUACUGCCGGCAGCUACCAGCAACAGUUUACGGCUCCUGCUUACCUGCCUCCAACUGCCACUGCCCCAGCUCCAUCGCCAGUUGCAGCUCCUGUUCCCGUUGCCAUUCCAGCUCCUGCUCCCCUGGCUGCUCCUGCUCCUGCUCCAGCUCCAGCUCCUGUUGCCGUUGUCCAGGCUAAAGCUACUUCAAGUGCCUACCAGCAGCAAUACAGGGCUUCUGGCUAUCUGCCCCCAGCAGUGGCCGCUCCUGCUCCUGUUCGAGUUGCUGCUCCGGCUCCAGCUCCUGCUCCUGCUCCAGUGCAUGUUUCAGCUCCAGCUCCUGCUCCAGCUCCUCUGCGAGUUGCUGCUCCUGCUCCCGCUCCCGUUCGAGUUGUUGCUCCUGCUCCAGCUCCAGUGCGUGUUGCAGCACCCAUUCCAGCGUCCGCGCCCGCUCCUCGCGCUACCAUCCACGUGAGUGGACCCGCUCCCAUUGCCAUUUCCCUGCCAGCUCCAGCGCCCACCCAGGUGACACACAUCCACUCCCUAAGGAGCUACAUGAACACCGUGCAGCCCUUCGCACGUUAUGCGCAGCCAGUCAGUCUACGCCAGCAGCAGUAUCAUCAUGUCCAGCAGCAGCAGCAGCAACAGAUCAUCGAGGUGGCGCCCAUGUACCGUGAGCAAUCGAAGCGUCCUCGUUUCUAUGCCCCCGCCUACGUGAGCAACGCUGUGCCCCGCCAGCAGCAGGCCCAGCACCACCUGCACCACCACUACCAUCGCGUGGUGCAGAGCCAGCAGAAGCUGCAGCCCACGCUGAGCUUCAAGGCGCAGCAAUCGCUGCAGAAGUUCAUGCCCAAGGACGUUCAGGUGGCGGUGAAUGUGGCCAUGGCGGCGACGGCGCCCGUGGUGGCACCACCCGCCCUGCGUGGCAGCUCCCGUGUGCGCACCGUACAGAUAGUGAAGCCACAUGCCACACGAACCUUCAAGGUGCUGGAGCAACUCGAUCAGGCUGGUGUGAAGACGAUCAAGAUUCUGGGAGCGACCAAUGAGCAGCCGCAGGGACGCCAUCAGGUGGUCAAGGUGGUCACCCAGAAUGCGCACAGUGGUGCGGAGAGUCAUGUGCAGACCGUCAAGAUCUAUGACGAUGUGCAGCAGCCACUGCGAUUGCUGCCACAGAGCAAUGCCUACUUGCCACCAGCGCGUCCCAGGGCGCGAAUUGUGCGGCAGGCGUCGAAGCCACUGCGUCUGCGUCCUGUGGCCAGUCUGUAGAGGAUUGGACCAGGAUUGGACCCGGGCGCAAUUCCCAGCACUGAUUAGUUGUUAAUAUAUCUAUCUCAUCCAUCCAGCGUCUGCACUGCACUAUUUUUUUUUUUAUUAUUCUGCAUUUUAGUUUUUGUUCCAACUCUGAUGUCGAUGUUUCACCUCAUUUCGCAGGAAAUUUCUGUGAACAAACAAGCGAUUCAACUGGCCAAUCAUCGCAUUCGAAAUCAAAUCAUUUGCAUGCAAUAACAACCGAUUCGAAUUUCUUACCUAAUAAAUUUAUACUUACGUAAAAUAUGUAAAUAA